UGUCAAUGUCAACAAAGAUGGAAGACAUUCUUAGCCAGUAGAAACUUGUCGAGUGCAUUUUGUCUGCAAACCGCGAGUUUAUCAUCAAAUUAUUGUCAUCUUGUGAAUUAAGACAAAGAAGUACUACACAAAGUUAUAAAAUAUGGCAGAAGUACAUGUCAUAGGACAAUUAGUAGGUGCUUCAGGAUUCCCUGAACACAGUCUUUUCUGUAAAUGGGGUAUCCACAUUGGUGGUGCGUGGAAGGUCUUGUCAGGCUUACGUGAAGGUCAAACACAGGUGGACAAUCCCCAGAACCAAGAGGCAGCUUACUGGUCACAUCCCAUCGAUCUUCACUUAGCCACUAAAGGACUCCAAGGUUGGCCAAAGAUACAUUUUCAGGUGUGGCAUCAAGAUUCUUUUGGAAGAAAUGAAUUAUAUGGUUAUGGUUUUUGUCAUCUCCCAACCUCCCCUGGAAUUCACGACAUUGAUUGUCCGACAUGGCGGCCGGCUGGAGAGUUCCGAGAACAAGUGUCACAGCAUUUCCUUGGAGGUGGUCCCCAGCUCAAAAACCCAGACUUAAUAUACAGUGGUGCAGAUAGAUACAGACUUCAUACAGUGGCCAUGGGCAAAGUUCACUUACAGCUCGGUGUGGUUCUAAGGAACUUUGAUAGAUAUGGAAUAGAAUGCUGAAGUCCAUCCAGGCUUUUUUAUAAAAUAUUUUUACAUACCGGUACACUGCAAACUGACUAUUUUUCACUAUUAAUCAGACCCGUCUAUAGCAACUGCUCAGGGGACAAGAAAAAAGUGGUCACAAUAGACAGGUGGUCUCAAAGGCAGGUUUAGCUAUACUUUUGAACAGGAUCUGAACAGAUGAAAAGGAAAAUACAGAUAUUAAUGUUUUCAUAUAUUAUAUUUGAAUAAUGAAAAAUCUCAAAUAUUGGAAAAUAUUAAUAUGCUGUCAAUUUUUUUUAUGAAUUUAUGAUAUCAGAAAUAGUAAUCUUUCUUUUGUAAUCUUUGGUUAAUUGUAAUUUAUUGGGAUGUAUUGUGUUAACUUUCAUGAUAACAAUGACUUUGACACAUAAAAGUUUGAUCGAAAUGAACACGAUUUAGUAGAGUACAGGUUACCGUACAUGUACACAUGUAUACAGGUUUCAUCCUUCCCAGCCCAUGGGUUACAUUGCACUUGUAGUAUGAAGUCAACAGAUUUGGUAGAGAGUGAAAAUAAUUUUCCUUGUUAUAUCAGUUAUGGGAUAAACUCUGAUAUCCAUCUAGCAUAAAUUGUUUAUGAUUUAUUACCCAUGUUGUGAUUUUUUUUUUUUAAAUAUAAUGUAAUCGUUGAAGCUCUAAAUUACACUUCAGAAUAAAAUCACUCAAUGGGACAUAAAUUGUUAUUAAUCAUAACAUGCUGGAUAUCUUUAUUAUUAUUAUUUGUAAAAUACAGUGACCAUAAAAUGCCAGUCUCAUAACAUGCAUCAACGUUUCAAAGAUCUACACAAUAUUGAUAUGAAAUCUCAUUUGUGCUAUGCAUUUUAUAGCAGUACACGUACCAUAUUUGCCGUAAUUAGGGCCCAGGGCAUUUAAAAAAAAGAAGAGCUUAAAUUGGGGCACUGAUUAGAAGAAACAAAAUUGGGGGGGGGGGGGGGGUUAUGAUAAUGAUAGAACAAGCUGUGCUACUUCAACCUUUGCUUCAGUAUAACAGAAGGACAGUUUGUACAUUCCAGUGUGGCUGGUGGUUUGGAUAUCAAAUGUUUCAUCUGCUUCAUGGGAAGUUGAGUCACCAGACAUAAAUCUCUAUUUUUAAAUUAUAAGUACUGUAAAUCAUUUAAAUCAAUAACUGUGCCUGGUAAGGGCUUGGAUGGGGUAUAUAGAAUUUCAAUUCCUCUCAUUAAAAGGGGAGGGGUGGUAAUUACGACAAAUACGGUAAGUUCAUUAAUAAAUCAUUCGUGUCACUAAAGGCGUUUUGUACUGGUAGUAAUUGUACUAGUAGUGAAUGUAACUUUUAUAUAUUUUUUUCUAUAUUCAAUUGGUAGUAUUUAUGUUUAUCAAGUUGUUUAUAUAGAAUCUCUUUAACCUGGUUUAAUUGAUACAUGGUUAAUAAUUAUGCUAUUUCUUGUGAAUUUCUAUUAAAUUAAUUUUCUUUAAAUCAGUUAAUUAAUGAUUUUUUUUUAAAUCAGUAUAAAGCGAUGUUUGAAUCUAGAAAUUAUUAGAUUUUUAUACUUUUUAUUUACCACAAUCAUAUUCUCUGAAGAUAUUUUGCUUUUUAUCAAAGUAUAUACCAAAGUGCAGUUGUUCAAAAUGUGAAUAGCUUAUUCACUGUUUAAUGUACAUUUAUUUUUGGUGUAUCUUUAAAACACAACGGAAUAUUAAAGUAAAUUACAAGCAAAAUUACAAGAUUUUACCUAGUAUUCUGACAAAAUUAGAGAUUGAAAAAUGUCAUUAAACAGUGAUUAAAUUAAUGAACAACUGGGCUCGGCAGUAAGAACGGAUAGGGGCCAUGUGGGUAUUCAACAGAAGAAAGGCAUGUCAGAAUUUUGCAAUUUUAGGAAAUGUACGAGUCCAUAAAAUUUCAAUUUUGCUGAAAUUUGCCCACUAGCUUCUUAACCAGUAGUUUACUGUUCCUUCAUCAAAUAAUUGUACAUGAUAGGACAUAUUUUCAUUUAUUGUACAGAUACAUGAUAUAAUUUCUUCAGUUGUAUUUGUUUACUAUUUGUCAUAUCACAUGUUGCAGAAUGAAUUAUGAUGAUGAUACUACAUGUCAAAAUUGUCAAUAAAUACAUUUAAAAUAUGUAA